AGAAGUUGAAUGCGGGCGGUGUUGAUGACGUAGGGCGAGGGAAAUCCAAAACAGCUCAGGUCUUCUCGGGCGGUUCUGUGAAGUAAACACAUGAAGUUGAGCUGUAAAAGCGGUUGUGAAGUGAACCACAAUUGUUAAAGCGUGACAAAAAUAUAUACACCUAUGCCCGUUCACUCCAUUCUCCGCUCUGCAGAAUGCAGAAGGCUUCCCGUUUGAAGCGUGAACUUCAGAUGCUGAGCACAGAGCCUCCUCCCGGAAUAACAUGCUGGCAGACCGAGGAACGGGUAGACGACCUGCGGGCACAGAUAGUGGGUGGAACAGGGACCCCAUAUGAAGGUGGACUCUUCCUUUUGGAGAUCAAGGUCCCGGAGAGGUACCCAUUUGAGCCUCCCAAAAUGCGAUUCUUGACCCCCAUCUACCACCCAAACAUUGACAAUUCAGGGCGUAUCUGCCAUGAUGCCCUCAAACUCCCGCCAAAGGGUGCCUGGAAGCCAUCCCUAAACAUCUCUACAGUCCUCACCUCCAUUCAGCUACUCAUGGCUGAGCCCAAUCCGGAUGACCCACUCAUGGCCGAUAUAUCAUCAGAGUUCAAAUACAACAAACAGCUGUUCACGGAGAAGGCCAGGAAGUGGACACAAGAACAUGCUGUUCAGAAGAACACGGGAGUCGUGGAGGCCAACAAAGAAAAUACUCCAGAUCAGAAAGCUUCAUCUCGCAAAAGAGAGGCUUUUGGUACACAGCAGGAGGCAGAGGAACCAGCAAAGAAAACCUGUGUGUAGUUUCUAUCUUGCUUGUUAGAGCCACAGGUCUCUCUUCUACAGAGCCACCAUGCCUUAUACAAGGCAAUUUACAUUUUUAAUUUAGUGCUUAUACCAACUUCCUUUUUCUAUGUAUGCAUUCCUCAUCUUAAUCCAGAAAUGCCCACAUAUUUAUAUGUAUCGUUUCUUUUGUGAUAUUAAAGUUUAUUGUAAACACUAA